CUUUCUAUUCUUUCUACAGGUCGCUCGUGUUUAUAUUUUAUACAUUUGGAGAGCUUUGUGCAUAUUUUGAGAAUACCGGUGCUUGGGAACCCGACGCGAACCGGGAAGUGACUUUGUAUGCAGAAUUCUACAGAGUCCUAGGGAUUCUCAAUUCGCGUGAGCUUCUUAGGGCAUUGAUUUUCAGAGGGAGAUCGAUCGAGAAUCGCGAUGACUCCUGUUUGUCCCUCCGUGAAAUCUGCUCGUCCCGACGACGCUUCUUCACGGAAGCAACAAGGGGAAUCUGUUUGUCCGUUUGCGAAAUCUGGCUGUUCCGAUGAUGCUUCUUCAAGAAAGCAGCAAUCGGAGGCUGCUUGCCCGUUUUCGAAAUCCGCUCGUUCGGACGAUGCUUCGUUGACGAAGAGUCCGGUUGAGGGGGAGAAAGGUGGGGCCGAUGCUGCCAGUGCCGGUGGCAAGUGUCCAUUCGGAUAUGAUUCUCAAACUUUCAAGAUUGGCCCUCUGAGCUGUAUGAUUUGUCAGGCACUUCUCUUCGAAUGCAGCAGAUGUGUCCCCUGUUCUCACAUUUUUUGCAAAGCAUGUAUAUCGCGUUUUAAUGACUGUCCCCUGUGUGGAGCUGACAUUGAGAAGAUUGAAGCAGACGCGAAUCUGCAAGCUACGGUUGAUCGCUUCAUUGAAGGUCAUGCGAGAAUCAAGAGACCCCAGGUGAACUCAGACAAAGAGAAUGAGGAAGUUAGUGAAAGUAAAGUAGUAAUUUAUGAAGACUUAUCCAUGGAGAGAGGUGCUUUCUUGAUCCAACAAGCCAUGAGGGCGUUUCGUGCCCAGAAUAUUGGAAGUGCCAAAUCCAGGCUCACUGUCUGUGUUGAAGAUAUUCGAGAUCAGUUAGAAAGAAUGGGCAAUUCAUCAGAAUUGUGCUCACAGCUUGGAGCGGUUCUCGGCACACUUGGCGAUUGUUGUCGAGCAGCUGGAGAUGCUAGUUCUGCAAUCAUUCACUUUGAAGAAAGUGUAGAAUUUCUCUCAAAGCUGCCUGAAAAGACUCGCGAGAUCAUUCAGACACUUUCUGUAUCACUGAACAAAAUUGGUGAUCUAAAGUAUUAUGAAGGAGACCUCCAAGCUGCAAGAUCUUAUUAUCUCCGGUCUCUUAAUGUUCGUCAAGAUUGGAGCAAGCAUCAUCCAGAUGAUCCAGCUCAGAUCCUAGAUGUGGCUGUUUCACUUGCAAAAGUUGCAGAUGUAGACAGCGGUCUAGGAAAUGAAGAUAUGGCAGUUGAUAGAUUUCAGGAAGGCAUAAAGUUGUUGGAAUCAUUAACACUGAAUUCUGAGAACCCUGGUCUUGAACAGCGACGUCAAUCUGUUUUGAAGUUCCUUGAAGGUCAGUUUGCCGAGCGACAAAAGCCUAAUCGAUCCAGUUGCUAGAGAUCAUCGUUCCAAUCUUAGUUAAGCAAAUAAGCUCCUUUCAGCCGAGCAACAGGGAAGGUUGCGAGCACCCGUCUCGAAUGCUCUUAUCGUGUUUUCUUCAGGGUAUAGUACAGAAGCAUCCAUAACCGAUGUCGCUUUAUUCACAUAAGCAUGAAUCGACCUGGUAGUUGUGUGAAGCCGUGGCGUUUUAAAUCUGUCUGCUGGUCAGGUCUCUUGUGUAUAAUGUUUCUCUUGCCCCCACGUAAUUUCCUUCGGAUUGAGCUGACCUCCGUUACGGUCGUUACCCCAUGCACUUCUACAGUGAACUUUUUAGCUAAGGUGCAUCUCUAAAACAAAUUGGAAGUUAAUUAGUUCAGGGUUUAUAUUGAUUUCGCCCAUUCUUUGUCAUUCUAUUCCCUUUUGUUGGUAGAUGAUUUUCUUAGGGAAGAUGAUUGGAUUGUUGGGUAUGCAAUAAAUAUUGAAAAUGGUGAUGAGACGGCUUACUACAUUGAUUUAUACAAGGGAAAAUAUGAGUAAUUUGUAAGCUU